AUGGAUUUUGGGGUUGUCUUCAAAUGGGCGUUGACACUUCUCGUUGGUCUUGACACAUUUGCCAUCGCGUUGGUGUCGUCUGCCUACUCAGGCUCUACAAAUGAAAUCAUCGCCGAGUUUCGCAUUAGCGAGGAGAUCGCACUCCUUGGUAUAUCCCUUUUUGUCGUCGGUUUUGCGGUUGGUCCUCUCAUCUGGCACCGCUCAGCGAGAUAUAUGGCCGUCGAUACAUUCUCGUUGGGAGUGGGGUCGGGUUGA